GUCAGGGUGCAGCGGUGGGCCUGCUGGGACCACACUGUCCCCCUAGCUGAUGACCUUGGGCCUAUCUGGACCCGUGAUCUCCCAGGGCCAGGGAGCUGGACCAGAGGAUUCUGUGUACUUUCCCAGCUCUGAACAGGCCGAAGCCUAACCAGCCAUUUGCACUGAACAAUGUCCUUGUCUCUGGGUCCUGAAAUAUUCGCUUUCUUUUCCUCUUCUUUGGUAGAACUGUGGGGGACCGGCGGCGGCUGGAAAGAUAAGAAGUAUGAAAUAUAAAUGACCGGGGCUGGGGAUUUAGUUCAGCAGCAUAAGCGUCUGCCUUGCAAGCAGGCAGUGUGAGGAACGUAACAGGGACGUCCGAACCAGUCCUGGCACGGUAACUACGAGACUGGACCAUAAGAAGUCCAGGAAAGGUCCCGGCUGCCCUCCACACUGCGAGGAGCAUUACAGAGAGGGGAACAGACUCCUAGGAGCACUGUCGGCCCCAUCUGUGUGGUGUCUUCUCGCUCUUCUCUGCCUCCUGGUCCUAUAGCUCUGAACAUCUCGCAAGGCCCGGAGCAGCCCGCAGGGCUCGCCCUCAAAUUAGCCCUGCUCUGCCUCCUCCCCUGGGCAGGGACGGAGGCCCCUGUUCCCGACUGCAGUCUCCUGCAAGGAGGGCCUGGUGGGCCUGGUGCACAUGCCCUUCUUUCGGAGCUGACCCUCCUCCCGAGGCUGCGAGGCUGCCGGAGCUGCCCCUCUGCAGUGGGAGGUUGGGGCAGGGCAGGGCAGUAGCCGGGCCCGGCCGGGCUUGUUUGAGCCCCUCUGCAGCAGACCCUGAAAGCCUUUUCAAUUCCAGCUCCAGGGGCUCCUCUCUCUCGGGCCUUUCUAACUUCAGGAUCCUCACACGGUUGUAUCAGUCAAGAGUAAGAGGAAGGCCGGUCCUUCCCAGGAUGAAGGAGGGGCCGGAGCAGCAAUUGGUCCUGCCAGGGAGGGCAGGGCUGCUGGGGCUGCCUCGAAGCCCCCUCCCCCGCACUCCUAUAUAGCUGGGAGGCCCUGCUGCUGGCAGGCAGUUGGGCUGCAGGACUUCACAGGGCAGGCUGCAGGGUGCUCCCAGCCAGAGAAGACAGCCAGACUCUGCCGUAAUGAAGACGUCCCUGUGUGUGUGGGCACUGGUCUGUGUCCUGCUCCAGUGCCACUUCUCCUCUGUCGCUGCUCGGGGCAUAAAGCACAGAAUCAGGUGGGGCCGGAAGCCUACGCCCAGCCCAUCGCAAGUCACCGAGGCACGUGUGGCCAUGACCCGCCCAGGAGCCUUCAUCAAGGAGGGCCACAAGCUGAACAUCGACUUCGGAGCCGAGGGCAACCGCUACUACGAGACCAACUACUGGCAGUUCCCCGACGGCAUCCACUACAACGGCUGCUCCGACACCAACGUGACCAAGGAGGUGCUGGUCACCAGCUGUAUCAACGCCACCCAGGCAGCCAACCAGGCCGAGUUCUCCCGAGAGAAGCAGGACAACAAGCUGCACCAGCGCAUCCUGUGGCGGCUGAUCAAGGAGCUCUGCUCGGCCAAGCACUGUGACUUCUGGGUGAACAGCGGAGCAGGGCUCCAGGUGGCCGUGAACCAGCCGGCGAUGCUCUGUGGGCUGCUCAUCAUAUGGGGCCUCGUGAAAUAAGCUGGAAAGAAAGCUGGCAGCCUCCACAAUGAGCCGGUGAGCAGGCUGCAGUCACCCCAGUUCCCCCACCCCUGCCCCGUGUGUCCUGAAGGUACCAAAGAACAGCACCUUGUCAGCGUCUCCAGUAUCACCCCUGAGAACUCCCCCUGGUAUUUGUUCGGUGGGAUUCCCAUUUUCCAUAUUAGGAAACUGAGGCUCAGAGAGGUGAAGCAGGUCACCCAGAGUCACAGGACUCAGCCGUAGCCUAACCCUGACCCUGUGUUUGCUGCUCUGCUCCCUCCGGCCACCUUCUGAUCUCUCUGUGGCUUGCAAGGCGGAGCAGGCUUUCUCUAAGAAAACAGAUUUAGAAGUAAAGACCUGACCACCUGCUGUGUGCUUUGAUAUCUUGGUGCAUGGAAGUUGAGUUUAACUCAUGUCAUUAAGCCCAAAUCUAGUGAGAAAACUGAUCUAAAAUAGAAAAGAGGCUGGGGGUCAGGCUGCGAGGGAAUUCAGCCCAGCCGGCUCACAGAGCAGAGGGCUGCAGCGGGUCACUGUGGCAUUUGGGUUCUGUUUCACAAAAAGGGUCAGUGCUUGCUGUUCCCCUGUCAGCAAUGGUCUGUGUGCUCAGAAAAGCAUCCUUCAGUGACGGUGUUUGCUUGCAGUGGUCCCCUGGCCUUAUGUGUAUCAGUUUAGGCACAUUCUCCAGAGAAUUUUUAAAGAGCUUCCAGUAUGUGCCACUCUCCGUGAUUGCUGUCGGUCCUUGGGACACCACAUGGGCUUUGGCGAGGGCUGUUGUCUCUGUAAAUCACAUCUCACAGCAAAAACAUAACUACUCACCAAAAAGGGCAAAAGAAGUGGUGUCUUAGGUUCCACUGAGGAACCUGUGCCUGUCACCUGCAAGAGUUGACCCAGCAUCUCACUAGUUUUUAAAACGUGUUUUUAAAAAAUGAUUCUCUUUUAAGUACAACAUGAAUCUCAUGCUCUGGGAUACUCCCACAUCUUCUGGGGUCCUGGCAGGAGUGCAGAGCGGCCGUGAAGACAGCAGGGCGCAGCUGUAGCGGGUUUCACAUGGAAGGAAGGCGUGCGCUGGUGUGGUUUCAGCCAGGACUGCCGCUCUCAGCUCUUCUCCAGGACACACUUGCAAAGUUUUAGCAAGGAAGGACCUGGGGCAGUGCAGCCUAGGACAAAAUCUUCCCUGCAAACCUACAUUCUCCUUGGGUUUCCCCUGCCUCCUUAGGUCCAGAUCUGAGUGCAAAGCUGGGGAGUUAAAUCUUGCAUCCUAUUUUUUAAAAUGAUAAGAGUGCUAUUAAAGAAAGAAAAUGUACUCAGAGUCUGAAGCUGGCCUUGGAACAGCGCGCUGGCUGUGAGUUUAAUUAGAAGGGUGUGCGCAGCAGCGCCCCCUAAAGGACCUCGCAUCCCACGGCGGGCGGAGCUCGAAUGUGAAAUUUGUUCUUAAGAGAUUUUAAUGGAAACCGUGUGAAUUUGGACAUCCUUGCUCACGUUUGACUUUGGGAGCCUGGCUUUUCACCUGAGCCAAGAGCUAUGCUGCACCUGCUAUGAGCAAGAAACUGUGAGGUGCUUCUGAAUGAUCCUUGCCCAGGUCAUUUUACAAUGUGAAUAAUUUCAGCGACCAUGGCAUUCUUGGCCCCCAAAUGUUGGUUUUUUAAGGUCUAAGGAUUUUUUGUUUAAAUGAAAAUGCAUUAAAAUUACAACAGAAAUCUAAAACACAGAAAAAACCUCCAAUCGUGGCAUUAAAUUAAGUCAGUUUUCAUUUCCCUUGCAAUCUCCUAUUUAUUAUCUUCUUAUACAUCUGUAUAUAAAAAUGCCUGAAUUUGCUAUAAUAAUACAGGUGAGCUUUUAGAGUCUAAAUGUUUCCAUUAUUCAAGACUUUUUGUCCAUUUUCCUAUGAUUUUAUUUUCCUAUUUCCCCAACCCCAUCCCCUCCUUCCAUCUUGAGGUAUAGCCCCACCCCUUUUAAUAUGCUCAGAUAUAUUAUGCUCAGCUAACUUGUCCUUUUACAUUGCUGUGUGAUAUUCCAUGGUACAGAUAUACUAUGGUUGAUUUAAUCCUUUCCUUGUCAAUGGGCCUUCAGACUGUUGCCAGUGGGGUUCCCCCCCUCCACCCUGCAAAUAAUAAACAUCUUUAUAUGUACAA